UAACAAUAAAUAUAGGUUUUCGGAGAUUCGGCGCACAGCUUGACAGAUACAACAAGACUGCUCUGUGCCAACCCAGAGAUUCAGUUUUGAAAGUACAGAGGCCACUGGGCAUCUAACCGCAUCUCCGGUUUCGUUGCCAGCUACCGGCCAAACUAAGGGCACUAUGGCUCUUAGCGUGAAACAGAUGGCUACAAUUGUCACAACUUUUGGCGUGUUGUCUUUCAUAUUGGGAGUUAUUGCAGAAAACAAAAAGCCUGCUGCCGGCAACGCAAUUACUACCAAGGGUGGUGUUAUUUGCCAGUAUCCAUCUGAUCCUACUGUUCUAUUGGGAUAUCUCUCAGCAGCAUUUCUUGUUGCCUCUGCCGUGGUUGGCUAUUUGUCUCUGUUUUACCCCUACAAAGGACAAUCUAUUCCACAAGGGGUUUUGUUCAGAAGCGGUAGUUUCAUGGUAUUCUUCAACAUUGCACUACUUACAACCGGAUUAGCCGCAGCAUUUCUGUUAUGGCCAACGAUAACGGAACAGCUUCACUGGUCACAAAAUGUUCAUCAUAAUCCCAACUACGACUGCCCUACAGCUAAGACUGGUCUUCUUGGUGGUGGUGCCUUUUUAUCACUUGAUUCAUCUCUGUUUUGGUUGAUUGCUCUGAUGUUAGCUGGCAAUGUCCGGGAGGAUUUCUUCGAUGAUGGCAAUGAUGGUGGCAAAGCCUCCUCAGCUGAUUACGUGGUGCAGAUGUAGUGGAUAAGGGCAUUACCUUAGGUUUGCAAAUAAAGAUAAACAAGAGAUUGGUUGCUUCUUUGUUACUGCUACUUUGUCCAGUGUUAUUAUUCCUGAACUAGGGUACAUGUAGAUAUUUUUCACGUGGUUAUUCAGUCGGUUGUGUUCAGCUUUCCAA